ACUUGAUAAUUUAGUAUACUUUAAAAAGCUAUAGUUGAUUUAUAUUUUUAUCUGAUGCGUUUCUAAACUACAUUUUUUGAUACAAAAAAAUCUUUUUUUUUUUUAAAGAAGAAAUCAAUAAUUGACAAAAUGGAUCAAGAGUUUGAUUACAGCGAGAUUAUUUCUGGCCUUCGAAAAAGUUUUAUGAAUGGUAAAUUAAAAAGCUAUGAAGCUAGACGUCAUCAGCUAAUUCAACUUAAUAAGUUAUUAGAUGAGAACAAUGAAGCAAUUUGUGAUGCACUUUGGAAAGAUCUUCGAAAGUCCAAUCCAAUAACAAAGAUAACUGAGAUCCUUAGUGUAAAGAAUGAACUUGCAGAAAUAAUGGUUCAGCUGGAUAAGUUUAUGAAACCUGAAAGAAUCAAAUCUGACUGGCAAAAUAUACAAAAUACAUUAGAAAUUCAUAAUGAACCUUAUGGAAUUGUUUUAAUUCUUUCUGCAUGGAAUUAUCCUUUGUUACUAAGUUUAAAACCUAUAGCUGGAGCAAUUGCAGCUGGUAAUUGUUGUGUAAUAAAACCAUCAGAGUUAGCACCAAAUACUGCAGCUGUAAUUGAGCAUCUCAUUCCUAAAUAUAUGGAUAAUGAUUGUAUCAGAGUUAUAAAUGGAGGAGUUCCAGAAACUACAGCUCUCCUUCGUGAAAGAUUUGACUACAUUUUUUACACUGGUAGUACUAAUGUUGGAAAAAUUAUUCUUAAAGCAGCAAGUAACUAUUUUACUCCAGUCACACUUGAAAUGGGUGGAAAAUGUCCAGCAAUAGUUGAUAAAGCGUCUAACUUAGAUAUUGCUGCAAAUCGUAUUGUAUGGGGAAAGUUUUCAAAUUCAGGGCAAACUUGUCUUGCUGUAGACUAUAUUCUUUGUGUUGGUGGUAUACAAGAUGAUUUAAUCAAUGCACUCAAGAAAAGUAUUUUAAGAUUUUAUGGUGAAGAUCCACAAAAAUCAAUUGAUUAUGGAAGAAUGAUUAACAAUCGAAACUUUCAGAGAGUAAUCAAGUUGAUAAAAAAAUCAAACAUUGUACAUGGGGGAGAUUAUGAUGAAAAAGAUCUCUACAUAUCACCAACAAUAUUAAAAAAUAUAUCAGUUGAUGAUGAUAUCAUGAAAGAAGAGAUAUUUGGUCCAUUACUUCCCAUAAUUAAUGUUGUUGAUGUGGAAGAGGCUGUUCAAUUUAUUAAUCUAAGAGAGAAACCACUUGCUGUUUACAUAUUUUCAAAAGAAAAAACGACAAUCGAUUUUGUUUUACAAAACACAUCAUCUGGAGGGGUAUCUGUAAAUGAUGUUAUAAUGCAUGCUACUGUACCAUCUUUACCAUUUGGCGGAGUUGGUGAAAGUGGAAUGGGGGCAUAUAAUGGCAUACAUUCAUUAAAAACUUUUUCCCACCAAAAAUCAUGUCUGAUUGCAGCUCAGAGAUUUGAAAGCCUUAACAAAAUACGUUACCCUCCAUAUCCUUCCCAAGAGAACUACGUCCUUCGUUUUAUUACGAAUGGACUAAAUAAGAAAAUUUACGGACGCCGUGGAAAUAGGUAUUUGACAAUCGGAACCUCACUCAUUGCUUGUGGUGUUGUAUUUUCAGCGUAUGUUUACAAUUUCAAGUUUUAGGAAACUUUAAAACAAGAUUAUGUUUUUAUUUUGUUUGAAAUAGAUUUAAAAUCAUCGAAAUGGACAAAUACAAUAAAUAUUCAAA